CACAUUUUUAGGUACUACUAACUGUGAGUAUAGUAUUCGUUGCUACUAACUACUUACUUGGUCCAUAACAAUUACAAGGUUACUCAAACAACUGAUGCUUCUUACAUGUUAAGGAUAAAAAUGAUAUUAUACUUAUAAUAGUAAUUUAAAACAAAAAUAUGGCAUCAAAGGAACAUCAAGAGUUGGCACAAUUUCUGAAAGAUGUUCACCUUAGCUUGCGAAAACAAACAUGUGCUGUCGGUGCCGAAACUGCCUGGAACGAACAUUGCAAAGACGAAAAGGUUUUACGGAAAUAUGCAAAAUGUAUGGAAAAGUUAGCAACUACUUUCUGGGAUGAAAAUAGUUCUGAAGAACGUGGUGUAACAGUCAGUCGCAUCAAAUGGUCAAUUGACAUAAUUUCUGACUAUUUCUUCAAUAAAACAUACAUAAAAUACAGAGACAGAGAAAAAGAUAUUGGAGCAAAAAUUGGUAUAACUGUUAACAAUGAGGAAACAUUCCUACCACCUAUGAAGCUAUUAGAUGUUGGUAGUUGUUACAAUCCCUUUAGAAUAUUUGAGUUUCUAGACGUAAUAGCAAUAGACUUGUGUCCGGCAAACGGAAUGGUAUUUAAAUGUGACUUUUUAAAUGUUCCUAUAGGCACAGAUAAUACCCUAAGAAACAACAACAUAGAACAAUUACAAGAAAACAGUUUUGAUGUUGUUACAUUUUGCUUUUUGUUAGAGUAUCUACCUACUUCCGAGUUACGGAUACAAGCUUGUAGGAAUGCAUAUAAACUUUUAAAAACUGAGGGUAUGUUGGUGAUAGCGACACCAGAUUCCAAGCAUGUCGGUGCAAACAGUAAGCUAAUGAAAUGUUGGAGGUACUCCUUAGCUCUUAUGGGUUUCUCGAGGAUCAAAUAUGAGAAAUUUCAGCAUAUGCAUUGCAUGGCCUAUAGGAAAUCAUUACAUUUGAAUAUAGCUUCGAGAUGGGCGGAAUUGCAUCAGGAAACUUACAUGAGCUUUAACAUAAAUAUACCACAAGACUUUUCUGUGCUAGAAAAAGAAAUUACAGAUAACACAGAAACUCCUGUAUCAGUGGAAGACUUUGCAGAGUUGCCAUUUGGACCUGAGUGAUUAUAUUUGAGUUAACAUAAUUUAUUAACAUUAAA